AUGUUAACAUAUGCCUAUAAUCAUGAAUCUUCAAAUUGUAAUGAGGAAUUAUCCUUAGCUAAUGUAAGUUAUAUCUUAAUUUUAGCAGCAUUAAUUGAUUCUCUAAGCAUUAUCUAGUAUGCCAAUAUAAUUUUAAUAAAAGGAAAAGUAGCUGUAAAUAGAAAACACAAAAUUAAAAAGUGAAAAUAUAGAGCUUUAAUCUUAGUUGAAUAAAAUAGAAAAUAAACAACAGGAAUUAAUAAAUGAAGUAAAUAAAUUUUAAUAUUUUUAGAUUUAGGAUCUUAGAUAGUUAGUGAAAAGAGUCUAUUAAGAAGGAGAAAUUUAGAUAUAGUAUUAAAAAUAAAAGAAUGUAAAAUUAUUAAUAACCCUUAGUAACAAUUAGAAUAUAAAAAUGAGAGUCUGAAAAAGGCUUUGGUCAAUCUAUAAAAUAAUUUAGAAACCUUUGCAUAAUUGAAAAAUUUAUCCAGAUUUUUUGAUGAUAAUGAGAUUUCUCAAAAAAGUUUAAACUAAAAUGCUUAAAUUUAAUGA